AUGUCAUCAAUCGAUAUAGAUGAACCAUUUAAUCCUAUUGAUGAUGAUCCAAUAUACGAACGUGAAGAUAUUCAAAAGAAAGCAUUUACAAAAUGGAUUAAUAAUCAAUUAGUUAAUUCAAAUUCAAUAUUACCUAUUACAAAUUUAUUUCAAGAUUUACGUGAUGGUGUUGUUUUACUUCGAUUACUUGAAGUACUUACUGGAAAUGAAUAUAAAAGAGAAAUUGGUAAAAUGCGUGUACAUCAUAUUGGUAAUGUGAAUAAAGUAAUAUCUGUACUUGGAGAAUAUGGAAUUAAACUUCUUAGUAUUUCAUCAAAUGAUAUUGUUGAUGGAAAUCCAAAACUAACACUUGCACUUAUAUGGUCAAUAAUUCAAUAUUGGCAAGGAAAAGAUGUAUUAAAAUCUGUUAUACCUAAUCCACAACAAACAAAUGUUGAAAAAUUUCUUCUUUCAUGGUGUCAACAAACAACAAAAGGAUAUAAAGGUGUAACAAUUAAAGAUUUUACAAGUAGUUGGCAAGAUGGUCUUGCUUUUAAUGCACUUAUACAUAAAUUUCGUCCUGAUCUAUUUGAUUAUGAAGAUAUAUUACAACAUACAGCAGCUCGAAAUCUUGAACAUGCAUUUACUAUGGCUAAAAAUAUCUUCAAAAUUGAUCGAUAUCUUGAUGUUGAAGAUGUUUUGUCUGAAUAUCCGGAUAAAAAGUCAAUAUUGAUGUAUAUUAUGUGUCUUUUUCAACAAAUGCCAACAAAUAAUAUUGUUAUUGAAGAUUCUGAAAAAAAUGGAUCAUUCACAUCGAUGAGAUCUACAAGUUAUGAUAAACGUAAUUCAAUGGAGCCAAAAUCUCCAUCUCCAUCUAUAAGAAGUAUAUCAACAGUAAAUACACCACCAACUCCAAUAACUAGUAUACGUAAUCCAUUAAAAUCAACUUUAUUAACAUCAUAUCAAACAAAUAUGGAAAGAGUUGUUCGUUGGAUUGGUAAAUUAGAAGAUGAACUUGAUAGACAAGAUAAAAUUGUUACAAAUGAUCUUAAAAUUGUUAAAGAACAAUUUCAAAAACAUGAAGAUUUUAUGAUAAAUUUAACUAAAGAUCAAAAUCAAAUUGGUCAAGUACUUGAAGAAAGUAAUCGUUUAUUAACAUCAACAGAUAUUGAUUUACAACCACGAGAAGAAAAUGAAAUAAAAGAACAAAGAAAAAUUCUUAAUCGUCAAUGGGAAUCAUUACGUGCAAAAGCACUUGAACGACAAUCUAAUCUUCAUAAAACAAUAAUGAAACUUCAAAUUGAUCAAAUUGAAUCAUUUGAUGCAUGGCUUUCACAAGCUGAACAACGUAUAUCAUCACAAUUACAAAUAAUGGAACAAAAUUUACCCGGUGUUGAUCGACAAUAUCGUCAAUUAGCUCAAUUACAAGAUGAACUUGUUGCACAACAACAAAUGACAGAAUCAUUACAAAAUAUGGUUAUUGUUAUUGAUGAUUCAUCAAUAAAUAAUAAAAAUAUUCUACCAUCAAAAUAUACAUCAAAUGAUAUUGAAUCAAAAUUAUUAAAUUUAAGUGAACGUUGGGCAAAUAUAUGUACAUUUGUACAAAAUCGUUGGAUACAAUUACAAGAAGUUAAAAUGGAAUUUGAACAAGUUGAAUUAAAUCAAGAAAAAGUUAAUCGUUGGUUAACACGUAAAGAAGAUGAAAUUACAAAAAUGUUAGCAGAAUUAAAUCUAAAUGAUGCUGAUAUACUUAUGCAACAAGCUCAUUCAAUUAAGAAAACAGAAAUAGAAAUGGAUGAUAUUCGUCAAUCAAUUCUAGCAUUAGAUCAUAGUUUAAAAGUGUUAAGUACACAUUAUGAUAGUAAAACAUCAAAUGAAUUAAAAAAUUUAAAUGAACAAAUAAAUAUAUUUGAAAAACGUUGGACGAAAUUAAUUGAUAAUCUUGAACAAUGUUCUGCACGUUUAAAAAAAUCUUCUAUAAAUAUUGAAUCAAUUGUUAGAAGAAAUAGUAAACCAGAAAAUGAUACUAUACACCAAACAAUAAUAACAACAGUUGAAGAAACAACAGUUGAACAACGAAAAAUUCCAAAUGAUAAUACACUAAAACAAGAUUUUGAUUUAUCAGCUAGAAAAUUUAUUGAUUGGAUAGAUAGUAUUGAAAAAAUAUUAGAUGAUAGACAAUUAAAUAAUUUAAAUCGAAAUGAUGUACAAGAAAUAGUUCAAGAAGUUAAAACAAAAUAUUUAUCAUAUGAUGAUCAAUUUAAAAGUUUAAUUCAAUCAGGAAAUAUUAUUACAAAACAACUAAAAGAUGCAAAAGCAGAUUCAAUUGAACAUGAAACAUCAUUAAAAACACUUGAAAGACGAUGGCAAGAACUUUUUAAACAAAUAAGUAAUUGUGAACGAACUGCUGAACAAUUAGCAAUUGCAUCAAAAUUUGAUGAAGAAUAUCAAGCACUUACGAAAGCUAUAAAUGAAUAUCGAACAUGGAUUGAUUCAGUAUCAUCAACAAGUUCACCAAUAGAAAUACAGAUUAAAUCGAAAAGUUUUCAAUCAUAUAACGAACGUCUUGCAAAUUUACGACGUAUGGCUAAUCGUAUCGAUUCAAAAACUACUCAACGAACAGAUGAUUUGUUACGUUCAUGGGAUGAAACACAGGCACGACUACGUGAACGUAUUAAACGUAUUGAAUCUAUGCAACAGCCAUCCGGAACUACCGGUUAUGGCGUUUCUUCAUCUCGUCGUGUAGGCACAUCGACAGCACCAAUAAGUCCAAUACAUACAGAUAUAAGUGAACCAUUAUCAUCAGCAACUACAACUAAUGCAUCAAAUAUUGGUUCGAAUGUUAAUGAAAAUGGAAAUCUUUUUACUUUAACAAAUAUAUAUACAUUUGGUGAUCAUGGAAAUAUUUCAACAAAUACAAAUUCAUUAUCAGAUAAAUAUCGUGUAAAAUCUUUUGUUGAAGUAUUUGAUCCAACAUUAUUAUCAGAACAAAAAAGUGAAUAUGAUCGAAGCUAUAAUGAAACAUAUUCAUCAUCUAUAAAACGACAAAUAUAUACAAAUACUAAUGAUACACAUGAUUAUGAUUCAACAAAUAUUCAUCAACAUUAUAAAACAAUAGAUCCAUCUUUAACAACAUAUGUAACAGAUGAUAUUGGAAAUUCAACAAUAAUUACUAGUUCAUCAACAUUACCAACACAUUUUACUGAUAUACAACGUAAAUUACGUCAAUGGCUUGAACAAGUUGAACAAUCAUUAUUAAAUGAUAAAGUUCGUUUUGGUGAUUUACAAGCAAUUGAUGCAAAAAAAAAAAUUUAUAAAGAUUUACUUGAUCAAACAUUAGAACAAGAACAUACAAUGGAAGAAUUAAAUGUUAUUGCAAGAGAAUAUUAUUCAAAAUUAUCUAUUGAUAUAAGUAGACGUUUACAAGAAGAAUUAACUAAUUAUCAAGAUCGAUUAUAUGAUGUUAAAAUGUUUUUAAGUGAACGUUUAGCAAAAUAUAAUCGAGCAGAUAAAACAUUAAGUGAUUUUGAAAGAGGUAUUGAAGAAGUUAAACUUUGGAUACGUAAUGUUCAACCACGUUUGAAUACAAACGAAACUUCUUAUACUGAUUCACGUGCACUUGAAAAUCAACUUGGUCGUAGUCAAGUUCUUCAACAUGAAAUUCGUGAAAUGCAAACAACUAUUAAUCGUUUAAAUAAAGAUGUUGUUGAUUUAACACAAGAUGCUGAUGAAAAUUUAGGACGACAUUUACGUGAACAAAUGAAAGAAUUAAAUGAAAAUUGGAGUCAUAUUAUAAGUUCAACAAAAAUUUUUUCACAAAAUAUUCAGGAUGCAUUAAAACGUAAUAAAGUUUUACAUGAAGAAAUUCAAGAAUUAGAAGAUUGGAUUAUGGAUAAAGAACAUGAAGCACCUGCUGAUGAUGGACCAAUAUUUUAUCAAGAUCAAAUUCGUGAACGACUUGAGCAAUAUCAAAAACUUCAAACAGAACUUAAUCUUAAAGAAAAUAUUGUACGAAAUUUAGUUCUUCAAGGUCGUCAAGAUUUAACAGGUGCACCUGAAUUAGCUCAAAGUUUAGAAACACUUGUUUCAAAUUGGUCUAAUUUACAAAAAAAAGUUGAUACAAAAGUUGUUUUUUAUACAGAUAUAUAUACAUUACAUGAAGACUUAAAACAUUUACUUCAUCAAGAAAAUGUUUGGCUUGAUACAUUACAAAAUCGAGUUUUUUCAUCAUCAAAUGAUGGUGCUGAUGCUGAAGAAAUCUCUGAAGAACUUGAUACUCUUGAACGUUUUGUUAAAACACAUUCAAAAAGUAGUCAUGAUAAAAUCUUUGAAAUAUCAGAUCGUCUUCAAGCAACUAAAGUUUCAUUACCAGCAACAAAUAGUUUAAUAAAUCAAUUUCGUAUUCGUUGGGAACAAUUACAUGAUGAUGCUUAUAAAAAAAUUCAUACUCUUAAUUCACAAAUAUCUGAUUAUCAACAUAUGGGACAUCAAAUAACAGCAAUGUUUGAAUGGAUGAAACAUACAGAUAGUACAUUACAUGCACGAUUAAAAGAUGAUGUUUAUGCUGAUGAUGUACCUGGAGAAACUGAAAAAUUAAUUAUUGAAUUUAAUCAAUAUGAAGCAUUUUUACGUAGUAUAGAUGAUAAAGUACAUGUAUUAAGAAGUACAGGAAAAAUUGAAGCUUCUAAAAGACUUGAACAACAAUUAAUUUUAUUAAGAAAUCAAUUUUUACAAUUACAAAGUAAAUUUCGACAUUUUCAAAAACCAUCUGAUUUUGAACCUAAACAUGCAAAAAUGCGUCAAAUAUUAAAUGAUGUUGAACAAAAUACUCAUACACUUGAAAUUCAUUCUGAUGAUCCUGAUAUUAUUCAUAAUCAAUUAGAAAAUUGUCUAAAACUUUAUAAAACUUUAUCAGAUAUCAAAUCUGAAGUUGAAUAUGUUAUUCGUACAGGACGUGGUAUUGUUGAAAAAAAACAAAUUGAUGAACCAAAUGAUUUAACAAGACAAAUCGAUAGAUUAAAAGCACAAUAUAAUAGUCUUGGAGCAAAAGUAUCAGCAUCAAAAGCUCAAUUAGAUAAUGUUGAACGUCAUUUACGUAAAUUUCGUAAAGAAUAUUCACAUAUACAUGAAUGGUUUGUUAAAGCUGAUAAUGAAAUACGUAAAAUUGAAAAUAAACAAAUAUCAAAAAAUACUAAAGAAGAAAUUGAUUGGAUUCGAACUACAAGAAAUGAUAUUAAAAAACUUGAAAAUAAUUUUGAAACAUUAAAAAAUUUAGAACGUACAAUACAAAAAGAAGUUAAUCGACCAUUAACAAAUAUUCAUGAAAGAAUCAUGGAAUUAAAACGACAAAUUGAACAAUUAGAUCGAAGACUUAAAGAUCGAUCAGAAAUAAUUGAAGUAAUGACAAGUUUGUUUUUUUGA